AUGGCAUCAACCACACACACAGACUUUGGAGCUAAUACCGAAGCUAUUGAAGUUGCCAAAGCGUUUUCUACCGGUCUCCGUGGCAAAACUGUCCUCAUCACCGGAGUCAACCGUGGGGGUAUUGGCUUUGCAACCGCGCAGGCUUUUUCCACUCAAUCUCCGGCCCAUAUCAUCCUCGCCGGCCGCAGCCCUUCCAAGGCAAAGGAGAGCAUCAAUGAACUCAAAGCCGAGUUCCCAGAUGUAGACUACCGAUUCUUGGAGGUCGACCUCUCAAGUCAAGAAUCCGUGCGCAACGCAGCCAAAGAAGUCCUUUCUUGGUCCGAUAUUCCUGCUAUUGACUUUAUCAUCAACAGCGCCGGCGUCAUGGCCGUUCAAGAGCGCACUCUCUCCAAGGAUGGCAUUGAAAUGCAUCUUGCAACCAACCACAUCGGUCAUUGGCUACUUAGCUGCCUCCUGAUGCCCAAACUCAUCAAAGCAUCCGAAAACAAACCAAAUGGUUCCGUUCGUAUCGUCAAUGUCACCUCCGGUUCGCCUACAAAGUCAAACAUGCGCUGGAGCGACAUGAACUUUGAUAAGAAGAAUAAAGACCUCCCUCAGGAGGAGCAGCCAAAUUACGAGUUCUUCAAACUCUGGGGAUACGAAAAUACUGAAGAAACUGCCUAUGUUCCGCUCGAUGGCUACAACCGCAGCAAAGUCGCCAACGUCCUUUUCGGCAUUGAGGCUAACAAGCGUCUCUUUGAAAAGCACGGUAUUCUCACUCUUUCUGUUCACCCUGGUGUCAUCAGGACGACUGAACUGGGAAGAAACUUUCCGAAAGAGACGUUGGAGGCUAUUAAGAAGAUGGGGUCGGUGGGGUUCUUUACUACCAAGUCGGUAGAAGCUGGAGCUUCGACUAGUCUUGUUGCAGCUUUGGAUCCCAAGCUUGCGAAUGGUGUUGGGGAGACUCAUGAAGGAAGUGAGAAUUAUGGGGCGUUUCUUGCUGACUGUCAAAUCAGUACUGAAGCGAUGCCGUUGGCUGUUUCGAGCAGUGAGGCUAAGAAGCUGUGGGCUUUCUCUGAGGAGGCAACUGGACAGAAGUUUUCGUGGUAG